AUGAAAAAUGAUAAUCUUGAUAGUGUGCCAAUUGUUGAUGAAGUUAAUAAUGAUGAUGAUGCCGAUGAUGAUGAUGAUAAUGUUGAUUAUGAUAUAUUUGAUCCAAGAAAUUGGGAUCGUCUUCAACCUAAACUGAUUGAUUUAUUAGUUGUGAAAGGUCCUAAAAGAGAUAACUCUAUUGUGAAGGAUCCUAAAGAUAGUUUGAAUAGACGUUUUACGGCUAAUUUGUAUACUAGAGCUUUAGAAAAUAGAGAGGAGAAAUUGUACGAAGAUAACAAUGGAAACUUUUUGGGUUUGAUUGAAAUGUUAACUGAAUUUGACCCAAUCAUCCAAGAACAUGUUAGACGUGUUACAACUCAAAAAGUUCAUAUUCAUUAUCUUGGGCAUAACAUACAGAAUGAGUUGAUUUCAUUGCUUGGUUCUGCGAUUAAAAUUGAAAUCAUUAGAAAAAUCAAACAGGAGCUUUUUGAUGUUUUACAAAAUGAAUUGAAAGAACUUGGUCUCGACCUAUUUGACGUGAGAGGGCAAGGUUAUGAUAAUGGGUCCAAUAUGAAAGGAAAACACCAAGGUGUGCAAAAGAGAUUUUUAGACAUAAAUUCGAGAGCCUUUUAUACUCCUUGUGGUUGUCAUAGUCUUAAUUUGGCAUUGUGUGAUAUGGCUAACUCUUGUAUUAAAGCUAGGAAUUUUUUUGGAGUUGUUCAACGCAUUUAUACAAUUUUUGCCAAUUCUACUAAGAGAUGGCAAAUUUUGAAAGAUAAUGUAAAAGGGUUGACUCCAAAAUCAUUGUCAUUCACUCGCUGGGAGAGUCGUGUAGAAAGUGUCAAAGCUAUAAGAACUCAAAUGUUAGAAUUUACAGAAGCUUUGCUUGAAGUGUCAGAAAAUGAUCUUUAUCCUAAAAUACAAAAUGAAGCUAAAUCCUUAGCAACAAAUGAGCUUGGUGAUUUUGAGUUUUUGAUGGCUAUAAUUAUUUGGUUUGAAAUAUUAUCUGCAAUUAAUUCUGUUAGCAAACUUUUACAGGAAAAGGAUAUGCUUAUUGAUGUUGCUAUGCAAAAAAUUAAGGGGUUGAUUUCGUAUUUUGAGGGAUAUAGAGAAACAGGUUUUUACAAGGUAUUGAUUAAUGCUAAGGAAAUUGCGGUGGAAUUGAAUAUUGCCCCAAUAUUUCCUCAAAGGAGUAUAAUUAAAAGACAAAGGCAAUUUGAUGAGAAUUUGAAUAUCCCAUCAGUCGAGCUAUCAGAAGAAGAAUCAUUCAGGGUUAAUUAUUUUCUUUACCUUGUUGAUCAAGCUGUUGUUUCUCUUAAUAAGAGGUUUGAGCAAUACCAAGAGUAUGGAAGUAUUUUUGGUUUCUUGUUUACUUCUCACAAGUUACAAUCAUUAGAUGAUGCAACUUUGAAGUCUUGUUGUACUAACUUUGAGCAGGCAUUGAAGCAUAAUGAGCAAUCUGAUAUUGAUGGGAAUGAAUUUUUUGCAGAGUUAAAGUUACUAAGAGAAAUGUUGCCUAAAGAAACCAUAAGACCUAAUGAUAUAUUAUUAUUUUUAAAAGGCUUGGAUUAUUUUCCUAAUACAGUUAUUGCAUAUAGAAUCUUAUUGACUAUUCCUGUGACAGUUGCUUUUGCAGAAAGAAGUUUUUCAAAAUUGAAGUUGUUAAAGAUUUACUUGCGGUCUACCAUGUCACAAGAAAGGCUUAAUGGAUUGGCAUUAAUAGCUAUUGAAAAUGAUAUUUUGGAGACAGUAAAAUAUGAAGACUUAGUUGACGAUUUUGCUUCAAAAAGUGUUCGUAGGAAGACUCUUUUUAUGUAG